ACAUAGAGAAGUAGCAACACAGACUAGCUUCUGGCACAUUACUGGUCACCAGUAAGCUCCCAGACACCAUGGUGCAUUUUACUGCUGAGGAGAAGGUUGCUGUUGUUAGCCUGUGGGCCAAGGUGAACGUAGAGUUGGUUGGAGGCGAGGUCCUGGGAAGGCUCCUGGUUGUUUAUCCAUGGACCCAGAGGUUCUUUGACAGUUUUGGCAACUUGUCCUCUGAGUCUGCAAUAAUGGGCAACCCCAAGGUCAAGGCCCAUGGCAAGAAGGUGCUGAGCUCCUUUGGAAAUGCUGUUAAACAUAUGGAUGACCUCAAGGACACCUUUGCUGAGCUGAGUGAGCUGCACUGUGACAAGCUGCAUGUGGAUCCCGAGAACUUCAAGCUUCUAGGCAACAUGAUAUCGAUUGUCUUGGCAACCCACUUCAGCAAGGAGUUUACCCCCCACAUGCAGGCGGCUUGGCAGAAGCUGACAACUGCUGUGGCGAAUGCUCUGGCCCACAAGUACCACUGA